AUGGAAGUGAAAGGUCCAGUGACCUGGGUGUUGUUGAUGUGUUACAUCUUUGGUCACAUAAUUACAAGUCAUAACAAAGGCUUUAUCGAAGCCAAGAGCUUGUCUAAGUUUGAAGAUUUAGAAAUUCAGAGGAAAUUAAAGACAAUCAACAAACCUGCUGUCAAGAUCAUCAAGACUAUCGAUGGAGAACGAUACGGAUGUGUAGAUUUCUUCAAGCAACCAGGAUUUGAUCACCCUUCUAUGAAAAAUCACACAUACCAUUACAAGAUGCAACGGAUGUGGCAUCCAGAAGGAAUGAGAAAAAGUAAGACAAACAAUACUGGAUUUGGUUACUUGUGGGAGAAUGGUGUGGGUUGUCCCAUUGGUACGGUCCCUAUACGAAGAGUCACCAAAAACGAUCUCCUAAGUUUAAACUCAUUAGGCGAUAAUUAUAAACCUCGUGGUUCUUGGAAUACUACCUCUUAUGAUCCUAAUAAUGCUGAUCAAUACAAACUACACCAUUUUGCGGUGGGUCGGACAACGAACACAGGAAUGAUGUUCAAUGGAGCAACAAUGGAACUUUGUGUAACUGCUCCUACGGUUAACCCUAACCAAUUCAGUGCUUCUAGGCUCCACUUUCAGAUGGGUGAUGAUUACAUCCAACUCGGUUUAACUGUUAAUCCAGCAUUGUACAGGGAUGACCAACCUAGGGUUUUCGUUUAUACAAAGGCAGGUGGAAAAGCAUGUUACAAUAGCCAUUGCGACGUGGGAAUGAUAAGCGUUCGUCAUGAUUUUCCUAUGGGUAUGUUAGUGACGCCAGUGUCUAUUCGUGGUGCUAAGCAUAGUCACUAUGUAACCUUCGGUCUAAUCAAGGACAAAGCAAAUGGGAAAAGGUGGUUGGAGUUUGGUGAUAAUGCAGUAGAAAUCGGAUUUUGGCCGUCACAGAAGUUUCGUCAAAGCCAUGGGAACAAGGUCGAGUGGGGAGGAGAAGUGUACAGCCCAUCACCGCCGAGUCCACCAAUGGGAUAUGGAAUUUUUCCAUUUGAUCAUAUGCGUUACGAUGCUUAUGUCAAACGUAUAUCCAUACUCGACGGUAAUUUUAAAUUUGAUGACAAAGUGGAUUAUAUGGAAUCGUUUUCCGAUAACAAUCGAGGCUAUAAAGUGCUAGACGAGCUAAACUCUGGAUUCCCUGAAGCCGGUCAUAUAAUCUUUUAUGGCGGUCCAGGUGGUAUCUAAACAAAUUUAAUUGUAUCUUUUGUGAUAUGGAAAUUAAAAAAUAUAUAUAUUAUGUUGACCCAAUUUGGUAAUAAAUAAGGCUUUUUAUGG